AACCGCCUUCUCCCCUUUCGGGGCCCACCUCCUCGCCCAGCCCGCCUCUUUCUGCUGUUGGCCCCUUGAGCGGCGGCGGUGGUCCUGGAGCUGCGUGAACGUCCUCUGGCUCAUGGCCCGGCUCAAAGCUCCCAAAGCAGGUCCUCCACGUCCCUGGGAGGAUACGACGUGGGUCGCUGCACCUGGGCUAGCCUGUGGGCAGCUUGCAAAUAUUGGAACAAUCGUUCUGCUAAUACGCCCACCGCAGAUGGGAUGUAUGAAGAGGAAUCCCAUUUUGCAAAUAUACAAAAAUUUUAAUGUUGAGGGGAAAAUGAAAAGAACCGAAUCCUAUGGCAAUACAUUUACACACAUUUUCAAGAGACAAAAAUGCAAAUGUGAAUAAUUAAAAGAUACAAUCUAAGUGGUUCCUGCUUGAGUAGACUCGGUAAUGUAGAAUGUGUUUCCUAAAUUAAUCAACAAACUUAAGAACAUCCAAACUGAUUAUCCAAAAUUAUAGCUUUUAAAAAUAAAUAAGCUAUCAAGCCAUGAAAAAAACUUGGAAGAACCUCAAAUACAUAUUACUAAGUGAAAGAAGCCAUUCUGAAAAGGCUUCAUAUGUGAUUCUAGCUAUAUGACAUUCUGGAAAAGGCAAAAUUAUGGAAACAGUAAAAAGAUUGGUGAUUGCCAGGGUAGAGGGAGAGAUGAAUAGGUGGAGUAUAAAGGAUUUUUAGAGUAGAGCAGUUAUGUUGUAUAAUAAUAAAAAGUUGGAUACAUGUCAUGAUACAUUUGUCAAAACCCAUUGAAUUAUAAUACCAGAAGUCAAGUGCACCGCCAUGAGGGGCGGCAAAAUAGGGACACCUACAGAGCGGGCUCAACCAAGCAGGUGGGGAGCAGAAGGUGAGUAUCCAUGGGCAAGUCCUUUUAUCGGGGGUCAGGAUGGAGUACACAGGAAUAGGCGGGAGAGGAUAUCGUUGCUACAUUUGAAUGUUGAAGGGAAGGGCAGAAGGGAGCUUGUGGCCAGAACUAGCCUUAUCACCUAGGUAACCUGGUCACCUGGGUGGGGUGCUCACAGCCUGUUUGCAUGGAUAUGGAGGCAGCAGGAAAAUAUAGUUUUAAAAUUUACAAUACAACAAAAUGAGUAAAGGAGGUAAAAAGGUACAAACUUCCAGUUAUAAAAUAAAUAAGUCAUGGGGAUGUAAUGUACAGCAUAGUGACUAAAGUUAAUAAUAUUAUAUUGCAUAUUUAAUGCUAUAGUUGCUAUGAAAGUGGACCUUAAAAGUUCCAAUCUCGGGGCACCUGGGUGGCUCAAUUGGUUAAGCGGCCAACUUUGGCUCAGGUCAUGAUCUCACAGCUCGAAGGCUCGUGAGUCCAAGCCCUGCGUCGGGCUCUGUGCUAACAGCUCAGAGUCUGGAGCCUGUUUCAGAUUCUGUGUCUCCCUCUCUCUGACCCUCCCCCGUUCAUGUUCUGUCUCUCUCUGUCUCAAAAAUAAAUAAACAUUAAAAAAAAAAAGUUCCAAUCUCAAAAAAGUUUUGUAACUGUAUGGUGAUAGAGGUUAGCUAGACUUAUUGUGAUCAUUUUGCAAUGUGUACAAAUAUCAAGUCAUGGUUGUACACCAGAAACUAAUAUGAUGUUUUGUCAAUUAGAACUCAAAAAACUACAAUACAAUCUACUUCGUGGUGUCUCAACAUCAUUAACAAUACUAAUUGGGAUGGAUAACGCUUGCCACCCAGGUUGUGACGAUGUGAAAGAUGACUGGUAUUGCUUGACUAGCCACCAAAGGCAAACUUUGAUAAAGGUGACAACUAGGAAGAGUCCUAUUAGGCAUGUGAGGGGGGUGUGGGACCCAGUUCUCAACCAGGGAUCCCAUUUGGUGGGAGAAAGUCAAGAGAACAGGUUGGGCACUCUGGAUUUAAGGGAAUCUGUUGGAAAGUUUUGGUUAUGUUAUGAAAGACCUUUAUCUCUUAGCCUAAUUUUCAUAGCUUGACCUGAUCUACACAUCUGUCAGUAUCAUUAACCCAUAGUGGUAUUCUGAUGGAUUGGUAAUUCAUCCAGCUGGUCUGGGUGCAUGGGAUAUAUGAGUCAAUUCAAGAACCAAGUCUGGGAAAAGCCAGGUGUUCACAGCCCUAUGGUGUUCCUUAGGUGUUCCCUAAGGUGUUCCCAGGUGUUCCCUUUUCCUAAGGGAAAAGACUGAGCAAAGCAGCAGUAACCAUUGGGAAGUUGGUAUCCUAAAACCAACUCCAAAGAAAACAGUGUCCGUGGGGAGCCUGACAGUUCAAAAUCAAGUCUAACGGCAGCAGUGCCCAUAGGGAGAUUGGAAGUCCAAAAACAAGUUCAAGGAGAUACAGCAGAUGAACUUAUUCAGAUGGGUUUGACCAGAGGCAGUUCUGAGAUUGCAGGACUUCUAGAGAGUGGAAACCAAGUUCUUAUAUGGAUCAUCCUGUAGGCAUGGCUGGAUGAAAGGAAGACAGGAGUGGGAAUUCAGGUGUUGUAAGAAUUAAGCAAGAAGGUGGCAGUGGUCUGCCUCAUGGGUAUGUCUAGAGGGUCUUAGCAUUGUCAUCUCACAAACAUUCAGAAAGGAUAGUUUGCCUUUGGGGUACAGUGCAAGUGGAACCAAUUUCUAAACCUAGGAAGCUUUACAAGCAUCAAAAGAUCUGGUCUCUUAUUGUAACUGGUAGAGGUGAAUCGAAACGUGCUGUCUAUAAUUUGAGAACUACUGGAUGGACAAAGGACAAGUAUACGGGACAACCUUCUUCUAUGCUAUCUACUUUUCAAUCCCAUUUCCAUAUUUUGAGAUGAUUCAGUUCAUCUCCUUUAUUUUAUUUUUUUAAAGUUUAUUUUGAGAGAAAGAACACAAGUGGGUAGGAGCAGAGAGAGAGAGAGAGAGAGAGAGAGAGAGAGAGAGAGAGAGAGAAUCCCAAGCAGGCUCCACACAGCACAGAGCCUGAUGUGGGGCUCCAUCCCACAAACUCUGAGAUCAUGACAUGAGCUGAAGUCGGACGCUUAACUGAGCCACCCAGGUGCCCCUCAAUUAAUUUCCUCUAAAAAAACUUUUGGAGGCAGCCCCUGGAGUCUAGUUUUCUGAACAGUACCCAUCAGGUGGAGGUGUACUGAAUUGCUUUUUUGCAAAUGCUCUCCAGAACGAACGCUCAGUACUAACGCUAUUUUUGAGCUUUGCAUGGAUUUCGUUAUUUGAAUAUUGCUAUAACGCUGUGAGGUAGGUGCUAUUUCUUCCUUCUGUUUUACAGAUGAGGAAGCUGAAGUCCAAAGGGGUUAAGUAACCUGAUUAAGCAAAAAUGUGUAGGAAGGCAGAGAUUAGGAUUAGAAGUCAGGCAUCUGACUACAGAGCCCUACUGCAUUCUGUUUGCUUUUUAUGUAUGUCCCAUUGAAUUGUAACUGAUCUUUUCUGCCUCCUCACUGGUCUGUAUACUCCCUGAGGGGAGGGCUCUGGUAUUAUCCAUACCUAUACCCACAGAUGUGCCUCCUUCUCCCACACCCCAUCCUGUUAGUCUCCCCAUUGGCUGACUUGGUUCCGUGAAGGAAGGCUGUGUUGGCAACGUCAGCUGACCUCACACUGGUGGCUCCAAGUCAGAACCCAAACAUUCUGUGGAGAGCAGAGUUUCUUAGUUUCUCAGAGAAAUAUAGGGCAGAAACUGCACUAUAGCUAAAUAUUUCCUUUUCUCCAUGUGAUAAAAGACUAACAGUUUUGGAGUGAUGGACAAGGUUCAGAGUUCUUUCACCUUUCUAGUUUUGUUUUUAAUGGAAUGCCCACCUUUAUGUUUGCCUUAUGAAGGUGAGUUCAAACCAGUUGAACUAGCAACAGGCUUAAUGGGUAGCUUCAACCAUUGUUUUUACUUGUUUCAGGGAAGUAAAAAGGGUUAAUCAUAUUUCACUGCUACGAGUUUUCUUUUCAAGGUUACAAUCAGUCACAAACAUCCACAAAUAUCACUAAGCAGGAAAGUGUUUCCUCAAGACUCAGAGGUAAGUAAUUGUAUUACUCAUUUGGUGAAAUCAGAACCAUAGACUGGGGUCCUCUCAUCUGCUAUAUAAUGUGUCUUUUCUUGUGUAUUUGUUAGGAGCAUGGUCCAUACAAUAAUAUAAUUAGAUAAGCAUUGCUUGGAGAUUAAUCCAAUAUUAUUCUGUCUCUGGAAACUUGGAAAUUAAUCCGAUAUUAUUCUGUCUAUGGAAGCUGUGCUUUCUCUUUAGGGACUGGUUUGCUUCUCUUUUAUUUCACUUGGCACACACAGAAACCUUGACCAAAUCAGAGUGGUUUGAAUGUGUCUGUAUGACUUUAAUUGUAAUUGGGUAUACGUUUGUCGGUAGACCAUACGAGUCCAGAUACAGAUGUUUUGUGAGUGUAAAAUAUUCUUUAUAAUCAUCUGUCUUCUAUGCUUUGCAUUUUGAGUCCUCAAGGGAACUUUGUUUAUCUCAAAACAGAGAAACUGACCCUGCCAAUCUGUGAAAUCAGGCAGCAACUCUUUGUGAAGAUAUGUGGUACUUAUAAACAAUCUCUAUUCUGUACAAGGGAAAUGCCAUCUGCACAGUAUAAAAGCAUCUAAUUUCUGUAGGAGGAAAGGGUAUUGCCGUGGCUUUCUGGCACUGGCUCUCUGACUUUCUGAUGACCGCCCAGACCCCUUCAACUCUGUGCUAAAUCUAUCAGGUCCUCAACCAGCUCACGUGACUGCAAAAACAGACCAGAAGCCAAAUGCAUUAUGUUCUUAACACCCCAUAUUCGUGGAUGCAAACAGAACACCAUGCUUUUCCAAAUUAAGCCACAUAUUUCUAUAAGGCAUUGUAAUAAAUGUAUUAACGACAUUUACCAUCUUAGCUUUUAGGUCCCCUUGUCUAAUACAAGUUAUUUCUUUAUUUUCCUAAAUCUAUCUUGAACUUGUCUCUUCUCUCUGAUCCUUUGAACGACUUUGAGCUCUGAAACCUCCUAAGCCCACGCAAUUACCAGGCAAUAAUGGUAAGUCAAGGGGUCUUGGAGGGUGGCUGGGAUACAGGGACAUUCCCAAGGCUGUUGUGGUCUACGGCUCCAGAGGGCGCCCCACGGUGGUCAGCACUAAUCUGUACAGCUCUUUGUGCAAAUUAGAAAAAGAAGUGCCCUCUGGAUGGUUGGGUUAGUCAUGAUGCCACUAGGAGCAGAUUCUAAAAUAGCACAGAUGUUGAAGCAUCAGGAAAUACAGUUGAUCUUAAAAACGUGAUUAAUACAUCCAGCCAUCCCAAACACAUCAUUAAUUUUUCUAAAACUCAGCUAUGAAUAUCUCACUUGCCUGUUCACCCCACUACCCAGAGAUUGAAUUCUGGCCAAGGUAUCAGGAGGCCUGCAUCCUAAUCUUUACUUUGAAACUAACUUGUGUUGUGAGCUUGCACUAGAGGUUUGCACAGCUACGACCUCUGUUGUGCCUGAGCUUCGGGUCCCAGGUGCAGGUUCCGAUAUGGAGAUAGAGGACAGAAUUGUUUUAGAUCACUGGAAGACUCCAAUUUUCUCUGUAACCCUGAGCUCUUGGUUAUAUGGAAAGAAGCCUAACUCAUAAUAAGGAAAUACUCAUUCCAGUUUUCAGCUAUCAUGUUGAAGGUAUGAUAAGACAUACAGACAUGGAAAUGAUUGUCAUGGAGGAAGAACAUUAUACUCACACACUCCUAGAAACAAGAGGUGGGGGAGACAAGAGGGAAGAGCUUGGCCCAGAGUCUUUGUUGGUGUUUUCAUGGGAAGGAGUGGUGAGGUAACGGGAAGGGUAAUACACAUAACCCUAUAAACACUAACGGGAGUCUAACAACCUAUGCAGCACCCCUGAACGCUGAUACCUGGAAUGCAGGUUGUCGGUGUGGAGUGGAGGAUAAGGCCAUAUGUUUUGAGCAGUGCAUUUCUGCGAGAGUAUUGUCACAGGACGGACUUCCAAAGCAGGUAUGUCUCCCCAGAAGAUUUGUGGACCCAUCUUGAGAGACAUUUUGCAUUUGAUCGAGCACCAGGACACUCAUCGUAAGCAGAAAUUGUACAUAUGUGGGGCAUUUGGAAAAUAAUUUCAUGUCACUACAAACCUUCAUCAGCACCAUUAGCAGCACAUUGGAGAGAAGCACUUCAGAAGCAAUAUGGGCGGAGCCUUGCUUUUAGAGAACUGCAAAUUCGAUGUCAGGAAGCCCUUUACCUGCAAAAAAAUUAGGAAGGACUUCUUGGCCAGCUACUUUCUCUGGCAACAGGUCACUCACACUGGGGAGAAGUCAAACAGUGUAACUGAGUGUGUGGUGGCCUUCCACAAUGUAAACUGUCAUUGUAACCAGGGAGACUGCAUGAAAACUUUUAGCCCCAAACACACGUUUAUUCAGCACCAACAAGUCCUCACGAGGGAAAGAUGUUAUAGCUGCAGUGAAUGUGGGAAAUCCUUUAGCAAAAGCUGUAGCCUCCAUGACCGUUUGAAAGUUCACACUAGAGAAAAGCUUUAUAAGUGUGGGGAGUGUGGGAAAUCCUUUAGGCAAAGCUCUGGCCUCAUUCAACACCAGAGAGUUCACACUAGGCUAAGAACUCAUGAAUGUGAUGAAUGCAGAAAAUUAUUUAGCAAGAAGUACAAUUUCAUUAAUCAGAAAGUUCACACUGGUAAAAAGCCAUAUGAUUGUGGUGAAUGUGGGAAAUUCUUUAGCUACAAAUCUGACCUCAUUACUCACCAGAGAAUUCAUACUGGAACAAGGUCUUAUGAGAGCAGUGAAGGUGGGAAAGCCUUUAGCCACAGCUCCAGUCUCAUUAAAUACCAGAGAAUUCACACUGGAGAAAGGCCUUAUGAGGGUGGGGAAUGUGGGAAGUCCUUUAGCCAGAGUUCUCACCUUAUUAAACACCAGAGAGUUCAUGCUGGAGAAAGAUCUUAUGAGUGCAGUGAGUGUGGGAAAUUCUUCAUCUCUAGUUACCGAUUCUUUCAACAUCAGAGAAUUCACACUUGUUUAAGACCUCACAAAUGUGAUGAAUGUGGAAAAUUAUUUACCAACUUGUCCAACCUCAUUAAGCACCAGAGAGUUCACACUGGAGACAGGCCAUUUGAGUGUAGUGAAUGUGGGAAAUUCUUUAGCUGCAAAUCCUACCUCAUUACACACUGGAGAAUUCACACUGGAGUGAGGCCUUUUGAUUCUGGGGAAUGUGGGAAAUCACUUAGCCAUGGCUCUAUGCUCCUUCUACGCUGGAGAGUUCAUAUGAGGGAAAGGCCUAAUGAGUGCAGUGAAUGUGGGAAAUCCUUUAGCCACAGCUCUAGCCUCAUUAGACACCAGAGAAGUCACACUGGAGAAAGGUCUUGUGAAUGUAAUGAGUGUCAGAAAUCCUUUAGCAACAGCUCUAGCCUCAUUAAGCACCAAAGAGUUCAUACUGGGGAAAGGCCUUAUGAAUGCAGUACAUGUGGGAAAUCCUUUAGCCAGAGUUCUAACCUCAUUAAUCGUCAGAGAGUUCACACUAGAGAAAGACCCUAUGGAUGUAGUGAACAUGGAAAAUCAUUUACCUUCAACUGUCAUCUCCUAAAACACCAGAAUAUCCACAAGGAAUAAAGCCCUUUACAUAACACAGGUAAGUCUGUUAUAGACUGCAUUGUGUCCCCUCAAAAUUCAUAUGUUCAAGUCCUAAUCCCUAAUGUAAGUAUUUCAGAUGUGACUUUUUUACUAAGAUAAUUAAGGAUAAAUGAGGUCAUAAAGAUGGGGUCCUAAUCCAAUGUGACUGGCGUCCUUUUAAGAAGAGGAGAUACCAGAAGGUGUGGCCCUUGUGUACUUUUGUGUACUCUGUCUUUCUCUCUCUCCAUUAACAAAAGACAGACCAUCUAAUAAAGACAGUUGUAAGUCAGGAAGAGUGGCCUCAUCACAAAUCAAUCCUGAUGGCACCUUGGUCUUGGAGUUCUAACCUCUAAAGCGUGAGAAAAUAAAUUUCUGCUGUUUAA